GGCGCGCUAGCUGUCGUGGGUUACCUGCGGCCUGUGGGCGCCUGGUCUGGAGGCCUGUGCCGAGCGCCGGAGCCGGGGAGGUCGGGAAGACAGCUAUAUGACUUUGGCUUUCAAGAUACUCUUCCCACAAAACCUUCGUGCUCUUGGCCAAAAAGAACUCUGCCUAUUCCGACAACAAUAUCACUGGCCUGACAUAAGACAGUUCAGCCAGUGGUCAGAAACAGAUCUGCUUUGUGGGUGCUGCCUCCUUCAGAGAAGAAAGCCUGUUCAGUCAUUCCAGGGAGGCAAUCUAAGCCCACGUGCCACCCGCCUUGUUUUCUUGUCAGGGUCGCAUGUGGGACUUUGCAGUGGCCCCUGUGAGAUGGCAGAACAACGGUUCUGUGUGGACUACGCUAAGCGUGGCACAGCCGGCUGCAAAAAAUGCAAGGAAAAAAUUGUGAAGGGUGUAUGCCGAAUUGGCAAAGUGGUACCCAAUCCUUUCUCAGAGUCUGGGGGUGAUAUGAAAGAGUGGUACCAUAUUAAAUGCAUGUUUGAGAAACUAGAGCGGGCUCGGGCCACCACAAAAAAGAUUGAAGACCUCACAGAGCUGGAAGGCUGGGAAGAGCUGGAAGAUAACGAAAAGGAACAGAUAAACCAACACAUUGCAGAUCUGUCUUCUAAGGCAACAGGCACACCAAAGAAGAAAGCUGUUGUCCAGGCUAAAUUGACAACCACUGGCCAGGUGACAUCCCCAGUGAAAGGCACUUCCUUUAUCACCAAUACAAGUCCCCGGAAAUUUUCUGGCUUUUCAGGUAAGAUAGGUUAGGGUUACUUUAGCUGUUAAUGGUCACUUUUUUCUUUUGGUAUCUUAAUUUGAGGCUCUGGCUAAAUGAAAAUUCUUGGUAAUUUGUUUCUAUCUGGGCAGAGAUAGUACUGGCUAGUUAUCUAUG